GACGUUCAUUUGUUUACAAGACAAUUCAAAGCGAGAAAAAAAACAGUUUUGCGCCGAACUAUGAACAACGACUGUGUGGAUUUGCGAUUAAAUUUUGAAAAUUUGUGUCGCUUCUGUCUUUCCCUAGAAGAUAUUGUGCCUUUGUUCAUUAACUCAACCAUAAACGAAAUCCUGAUCGAUGCUGUUGAUGUGCUCCUGCCCAAGGUUGAUGAGAACGAUGGACUGCCCAACUGUGUUUGUGCCCGGUGCCAUCAAAGGAUGGCCGAUUUUUCCAAAUUUGAGGCAACUGCUCUGGAAGUCUACAACAAGCUGCAAAGCGUCAUAGCUUACCUUGAUGAAGUAGAGGAUGAUUGUAAUCCCGGGUCUCAGCCGAUGCUCGAGGACGAUGCUAAUGACCAGCUAGAAACGUCCCCGAAUGCAAUUGAAGAUGUUCCCGCACAAGAGGUGGAAAGUACCGCACUGGAAGCCGAAAUUGCAGCAACAAAAACACACCCUGCAUCAAAACCCACCCGCCGCCCAAAGAAAGCUUGUCCCGUGUGCGGCAAGCUGGUGUCGCAGAUCAGCAAGCACAUGCCGGUGCACAGCAGCGCAACGAAACACUUCGCCUGCGAGCAGUGCGACAAACGCUUUGCGCUGUCGGCCAGCUUGCGGAAGCAUCUGAAGAUACACCGGAACGUACGCAACUAUCGGUGUGAGCACUGUGGGGACAGUUUCUGCGAUCGGUCCUCGCUCAGGUAUCACCUGGCCAAGCAUGGGGGUGUGCCGGGGUUUGCGUGUGAAUUCUGCGACCGGCAGUUUUACACCUCGUCCCAGUGGAAGCAACACCAAAGCUUGGCCCACCGGGAGCGUUCGUUUCGGUGUGAUGUUUGCGGGCAGGCGUUUCUGCUAAAACACCAUCUGAUGGAACAUGCGCAACUGCACACCGAUGGACGUCCGCACGAAUGCGACGUGUGCGGUAAAGCUUUCAAGCGGGAACGAUACUUGCAUGUUCAUAAGCGACGCCGGCACACCAUGAAAGAGGAAGGGGAGUGAUGUCAUUGUUUCAUGAGGUGAAAUUGUACUGCUGUCUUGUACGAAGAAUUGCCAUUUUAAGCACUUCAAGCAGGACCUGGACCUAAACAUGGCUCUGAACUCCCCAUGUUGGAGCUUUGCUGCCGAGAUACGUUCAUCUCCUGGACACUCUGUAGUUAAAUGCUCUAACGGGUCAACCAGACGGGACCAGACGUACUGGUAGGCAUAUGACCUCAUGCUGAGGAUGUUGAAGGUUGUGGAUCUAGUGGAUAUGGCGGUGGACUCAUUGGAAUAGAUCGCCAAUAUCAUGACCAUGAGCUCGAAAACUACUGCUAACAUGAAGUAAGAAGAGUUAGUCAGCCAGCACCCUAGAGACUAAGGAUUUUAUUUGGAGGAGGCCCUAGGCUCCAAGAAUUACUCCAAUAGCGAUGACAGCAAUCCCGGCGAGGCACAAAAUUGUCUAAAUUCGAAAAAUAAUAAUAAUUAAUAGAAGAAAACAUCCCGAAAGUGAAGCCAUUUGGCAUCCCGACCCUUAAUAUCAUAAUAACUAAAAACGCAUUUCAUCAUUGGUUAUAGAGCAUAGACGCAUAUUUAGACAAUAUUUGAAAAUGUAUCCAACAGUUAUUAGAGUAACUCUCAUUUUUAGUUAAAAAAGAAAAUUAUUUGAAACAAAAAUGAAAACAGUUAAUAAAACAUGUUAAUUGAAGAACAUUUUCAAAAAAACCCAUGAGAAACCCUGUACGCGUGUGAUAUCGUAUACUAACACAGCUGAUCACUAGAGAUCACCUCCAUCGUCGGAUGCUCUCUUGUUAUCAAAUGUUCUAAUUUCAGGACGAUCGAGAAUGAAUUCUCUACAUACCGGUGGCCCCAAAAGGAAUGGAAGAGAGAGAGAGAGCGGUAUACUUGCAUCCUUUACCAGCCCGCAAUCACAUCACAUACACUACCGUCGAUCAACUUCCCCUCUGCACGGACAUGAAUGUGGGAAGAUCGUAUACUAACGCAACUGCUCACGAGAGAUCAUCAUCCUCCUCCAUUUGGAUGCGCUCCUGGUUCCCGAAAGUCAAAAUUCUAGGUCACCCGUUUUGAUCACUCCAGCAUCGACUAGCAACGAGAGCAAGAUAGAGAGAGAUCGAGAGAGCAUUUCCCCUCCAUCAAGGCUCACACACACACUCAGCCUCUAUCGAACAUUCCGAGUGUGAUAACAGGAAAGCGAUACACAGAUAACUGAUUGGAAGGAUAUUAGAAAAAAGGGGGUGGAGCUACAGUAUCAAAUACAUCAACCAUGUAUAUACAAAACCCAUUUAAGCUGGUAUUGAAGCCCAAGCCAAACUGGUAAAAGGUAUCCUCUUCUGAUUGCUGCUCUCCUGUUACUUUUCAUAGAUUGAUUUCGUUGACUCUACGCGGCGGCGCGGUUUGUUGAAAUCGUCUUCGGUUCCUGUGAAUCCUUUCCUCCUGCGAGCAGAGCAGUACCGGUAUGGCAAACGUUGUAAAUCUCAUCUCAAAAAGUGUUAAACACAUACAUUUAUUUGAUAAGUGUUCUUAAAUAGAAAUAUAACAUAAAA